UCCUUCUCGUGCAGCCCUAUCGGACGAAGAUUAACUUUCGAGAAAAAGGUAUUUGCAUUCCCACUGCCUUACCGAGAUCAUGAACAGUGCUAGGAUAGCAUGGAGUAGGAAGCUUCAAAAGGAUCCGUAGCAUGUGCAUCAAGAGACACAAUUUAGUUGCCUAGCUCUGAACCAAGAAGUGAUCGUCGAGCACGCAAGCAGGAGACAUUCAACGUGGGGCGCAGUGGAUAAAGGAAAAAGGGAAAGAUCCAGAUCGGAAACGUGAACUUCAGAUAAGUAUGGCCAAAUGUACACUCCUGUAUGUGUUGGUCAUGAUGCAAAUCAUGAUCCGGUGCUGCUACUCUGCCAGAAUAUACAGUGACCCCAACUACUCCUUUGUGCUGAAUGCCACGGAAGCGCCACCUCUGAUCCGCGAUUACGAUUACAUUAUUAUUGGAGGAGGAACGGCAGGGUGCCCCUUGGCAGCGACUCUUUCACAAAACUACUCAGUCCUGCUAUUGGAGCGUGGAGGUCAGCCAUACCAAAACGCGUUCGUGGAGAAUCUCGUUGGGUUUUACCCUAAUCUCCAGAUCGAUACCAGCACCUCCGCAUCGCAGUCCUUCACCUCCGAAGAAGGAAUCCCCAAUCAACGUGCCCGGGUUCUAGGAGGCGGCAGUGCUAUCAAUGCCGGUUUUUUCACUUAUGCUGAUCCUGAUUUUGUCGCGGAGGCGGGCUGGAAUGUUGCCUUAGUGAACGAUUCGUUUACUUGGGUUGCGGAUGAAAUUGCUGAAAUUCCGACUUUGCAAACUUUCCAAAGCGCGGCUCAAGACGCUUUGUUAGAGGUUGGCGUGACCCCUUACAACGGCGAGACGUAUGAGCACUUGAUCGGCACGAAGGUUGGUGGGUCUAUAUUCGACAGCUAUGGCCGCCGCCACACAGCUGCUGACCUUCUCACGUAUGCUAAUCCGAGCAACCUCGACGUCUACAUUUGGGCCAGCGCUCAACGGCUGAUUUUCGCUCCCGAAUUCGGAGCGAACAGCCAGUGGGAACCACGAGCAAUUGGUGUAAUAUACGUGGAUCUCGACGGCAACAAUCACACAGCCCUACUGAGCGAGAAUCCUGGUAGCGAAAUAAUCCUCUCGGCGGGUGCGCUUGGCACCCCGGUGCUGCUCAUGCUGAGCGGCAUCGGCCCAGCCGAUCACCUGGCCGCUUUCAACAUCACCACCAUCCUCGACAACCCCGCCGUGGGUUCGAAUAUGGCGGACAAUCCAACAAAUUCUAUGUGGGUGCUCACCAACCAGGCGGUUGAAGUCUCCCUAAUCCAGGUGGUGGGUAUCACUAGCUGGGGCAGCUUCAUCGAAAUCUCAAGCGGGCAGGCAGAGGUCUUGAUCGCCGCAACCGAAAGAGACUCCGUUGCCGAUAACCCCACAUCUAUCGGCUCGAGAAGCUCCUGGGGACGCAGCGACUUAAACUAUGACACUUUCACCGCACAAUCCUCGCUAACGAGAAUCUUUUCGGCGAUUCGCGAGGUUCCAGGGCCGUUUCGACUUCAAGCUUCAUGGAGCGGCACCAUCCUGCAGAAGAUAUGGGGCCCGUUGUCUUCGGGGCUGCUGCGACUUUCUAGCUUGAACGCCAUCGACAACCCGCGAGUCUGGUUCAACUACUUUCAGGAUCCACAGGACUUGGCCACAUGCGAGCAAGGGAUUCGCACGGUGCUCGACAUGCUGAAUUCGCCUUCACUAUCGAGACUGCAGUACACGAUUGACACAAUUCCUCGCGUGUUGCGGCCUGUGAGGGAGGCCGUGGAGAGCUCUCGACCGCAGCGGGACCUCUCCAACGCCACCCAGGACUCGAUCAAUAUCCGGCAGUGGUGCGUGGAUACCGUCACCACGAUUUGGCAUUACCACGGCGGUAGUUUGGUUGGGGACGUUGUGGGGCAAGACUACCGCGUCAUUGGGGUGCAGUCGCUCCGUGUGAUCGAUGGGUCAACGUUCCGACGCUCUCCCGGCUCGAAUCCUCAGGCCACUGUGAUGAUGCUCGGGAGGUACAUGGGAGUGCAAAUCCUUCGCGAAAGGCUAGGCACAGAAGCUGGUGUUUGACAUCGUCAGAUCAGUGGAACUACUACUACUCCCACUCAUCAACAAUGACAACCAUAGAUGUCGCGGUUUUCGUGUGAGGUGUGAGGUGUUGACUCAUACCGGCAACACAAAGUUCUAAAGCUCGUACCGGAAGGAUGAUACACUUUCAUGACAACAGUAUUGUCGGUAUGAGUCGGUACUUCUUGCAGUUCUCUUUAGUAUAAUGCUCGAGAUUUGUCACUAGACCUUUUGUGCUCUUGUUCAUUCUGGUGACUAAUGCAUUCCUCAAGUUAACUCACUGGGGUUGUCCAUCAUGGCGGUGUGAUAAAUUAGGGUUUGGAAACCUGCAGAUGAAUCUCUCACGCAGGAAGAGUAUAUUGCAGUAAAUCUAGGCAGUUGACGUGAGAUGGUUGGUUAACUGAAUGCCUUGUUAUUUGGGCACAGCUUUUCUUCCAUUACUUACCCUAACCUACUUGCUUGUUUAACAUAAUGGAGUUUAGUUACUUUUAAUGAAUUCAGUAACUCCUUGCUUGGUA